CAGGGUUAACGCAGAUAUUGACAGGCACAACUUGCUAGCGCCAUUACUGGUUCUUCAAACUCUUGCUCAUAAUUCCACUGCGACAUUGUCCGUCGUCAAGGUAAAUAAAUUGCGUCUUUAGGUGCAUUAAGCACACACGUAUUGUAAAAACGCACAAGUUGUAACAAACCUGCGACGGACUUGUAGCAAUGCCGUUUCAACAACUUUUUAACUGGAUGUGUUCGCACUGCUUGUUACAAGUUUUCAACGACUUGUUGACAAUUGGCUGCAAGGUUGUUGAGCUCGACAGACUUGUUACAAGUAAUUGUUCCAACAACUUGUUAUCGUUCUGCAAUUCGACAAUUUGUCAACAGGUUGUGAGUGACAACUUUGUAGCAACUUGAUAAAAUAACAGCAUUGUUACAACCUACAAGCCUGUUGCGAACACAUCUUGUUGACAAGUUGUGAGAUUUUUACGUGCAUAGUUUUGACGUUGUGUUUUUGCCGAACAUGCCCAGAAAGAUUGUCAACAGAACUGACAUAUUUAUUGCUUUCUUAGGAUUACAUUGUAAAAAGAUUACAACAAGAGGAUGAUCAAAUUGCUCAGGUAUAUAUUCUUCGUUGCAAUGUUUCCUUAACAAGAAACACUCAGAGUAACAUUAGAAACAUCAUGAUUUUUCUGUGUUAGUGUAAUGUACUCAGGUGAAUAUGAUGCUUGUGAUGUUACUCUGAGUGUAUAUCCACACCGGGCAAGCAUGAAAAAUAUGCCUGAACACAGUGGGAAUCGAACCUACGACCUUUGGAAUACUAGCCAAUGCUCUGCCAACUGAGCUACGCGGUCAGGUCGGUUCGAGUAAGUGAUAUUUCGGAACAGAAUCUAGUUCCUUCGAUAUCAAUGUUAUCUAAUAAUAAUCAUGAUUUUUCUGUGUUGGUGUAAUGUACUCAGGUGAAUAUGUUCACCUGAGUACACUACACCAACACAGAAAAAUCAUGAUUAUUAUUAGAUAACAUUGAUAUCGAAGGAACUAGAUUCUGUUCCGAAAUAUCACAUACUCGAACCGACCAGUAGCUCAGUUGGCAGAGCAUUGGGUUAGUAUUCCAAAGGUCGUAGGUUCGAUUCCCACCGUGGUCAGGCAUAUUUUUCAAGCUUGCCCGGUGUGGAUAUACACUCAGAGUAACAUCACAAGAAUCAGAAACAUUAUAUUCACCUGAGUACAUAACAUCAAAACACACACAAAAAAUAUCAUGAUCAUAAGAACACAUUGGUAUCGAAGGUACUAGACUUAGUUCCGAAAUACCAGACACUCGAACCGACUUGACCUGGUAGCUCAGUUGGCAGAGCAUUGGACUAGUAUCUCAAAGGUCGCGGAUUCGAUUCCCGCCGUGGUCAGGUAAACUUUUCAGCCUGCUCGGUGUGGAUGCACAUUCAGCCAAACAUCAGAAACACUACAUAUACUGUUUACAUGCACAUUCAGCCAAACAUCAGAAACACUACAUAUACUGUUUACAUUUAAUUUGGAAAGUCAACAAUGACUAUGUCGAAUCCCUUUAGACAUUGUCGAUUAAAAUUCCACGAAUUAUUACUUACAGGACGAACGACUAAUCCGGCAAUACCGAGAAGAAACGGAAAAAAUGAGAACCCAAAUUAAAGAUCUGAAAACCAGGUAUGUGUCGCCCUCGUACAGCUUGUCAAUAAGAUUUGUUCGCACUGCUUGUUCCCAGUUGUUGACAAGUCUGGAAUAAGUUGUUAUCAUCUUGUAACAAGGUUGAUGAGGCAAACAGACUCAACAAGUUGAUGACAACAAGCUCGUAGCAACUUAUUACGAACGGCCUGUAUCAGUCUUGUUGGAACAACUUGUAGCAAGUCUGUUACCGUCAUCAACGUUAUAACAAGGUGAUAACAACUUGUUCCAGACUUAUCACAACAACUGGGAACAAGCAGUGCGAACAUAUCCUGAUAUCGGCUUCACAACAACCUUGUUGCAACUUGUUUGCUGAUCUGGAACAACUUGGGUCUUGAAUGUAAUUUGUUCGGGGAUUACAUUCAUUCAACUAAAUCACUUUCUAUGUCUUUCAGUGCGAUCGUAUUCCAAUCAGCCAAGUGUAGUCUCUGUUCCAGGCCCCUUGAACUUCCGGUUAUACACUUCUUUUGUCAGCAUUCAUUCCAUACAGUGUAAGUUUGAAUCGUUUGGCUAAAUUUCUGAAUUUAUUACAACUAUCGCUAAUCUCAUACGUGACAUUUUUUCAGAUGUUUCGAAGGUUAUGCCGAGAAAGACGAAGAAUGUCCAAUUUGCGCUCCAGAAAACAGGUAUAGUAUACAGUAAGCUGGCGUGGCUUGUGUCUGAACUUUGAGAUUACUUUUUUAGGUAGCUCAGACACAAACCACGACAGCUUAUUGUAGAAUACUACCUACACUGGACCACCAUGUUUGAGAUAUCUUUUUCAGUUAGUUCAGACACAAACCACGACAGCUUAUUGUGGAAUACUAGACUACCUACACUGGACCACCACAAUUUGUGCCAACAAAUUGGUGUAAAUGGGUUUCGUUAACUCGUUCAGUUUCAUCUUUAUAGGAAAGUUCUCGAUAUAAUCCGAGCACAAGAAGAAAUGAAAGAUCUUCAUGACCAAUUUCACAAUCAGGUAUAAACUAAAAAUACUUCUUAAUGAAACAAACCAAUAUUGUCACCCACUUGCCCACUUGCCUCUGUUCUGAUAAUGUCAGCAUAGAAUGGAACAAAAGUAACCAAGCAUUUAAAUUACAUAUGUGCUUGAAUUUGGCAGCAGUUUGUAUAAACAUGUUUGUUCAUAAGUCCAUUACUUUUAUUCUGCUGAUUGAAGAAAACCGUUCGUUGUUAAUGAUGUUUUUGUUAUUAUUUUGUACAGCUUGAAAGAGCCAACGAUGGAUUUUCGGUUGUGGCAGAUUAUUUCGGUCGUGGCGUGUUUAAUAAGGUAGAGAAAAACAUGAGAGAUGCCUCCAGUGUUUAUAUGAAGAAGCCAUUUGGUUGAAUACAGUAUACACACGUAACGCACAAGUUGUUACAGGUCUGCACACAAGUUGUUACAAAUCUGUUCACAAGCUGUCAAUAAGUUGUGUUCGCACUGCUUGUUCCCAGUUGUUGUAACAAGUUUGGAACAAGCUGUUAACAACUUGUAACAAGCUUGAUGGCAUUAUCAGACUUGUUACAAGGUUGUUCUAACAAGUCUGUUACAGUCAUGAUAUAACAAGAAUGUUACAAGGUUGAUGACACAAGGCUGUAACAAUAUUGUUAUAUGACUGUAUCUGACUUGUUGGAACAACCUUGCAACAAGUUUGAUAAUAUCAACAAGGUUGUUACAAGUUGUUAACAGUUUGUUCCAAACUUGUUGACAACUUGGGACAACCAGUGCGAAGACAACUUGUUGAUAACUUGUUGGCAGUCUACCUACAAGAUGUGAGACUUUUGCGUGUGAACACGUAAAAAGCUCACAGUUUGUCAGCAAGAUGUGUUCGCACUGCUUGUUCCCAGUUGUUGACAAGUCUGGACAAGUUGUUAUCAUCUUGUAACAAGGUUGAUGAGGCCAACAGACUCGCAACAAGUUGUUCCAACAAGUCUGGUAUCGUCAGCACAUAACAAGUUGUUAACAAGAUCAUGAUAACAAGCUCGUAGCAACUUGUUGCGAACAGCUUGUAUUAAUCUUGUUGGAACAACUUGUAGCAAGUCUGUUACUAUUACACAAACUUGUCAACAAAAUGUGUUCUCACAAACUUGUCAACAAAAUGUGUUCUCACAUGCUUGUCAACAAUCCCAAAAGCUUGUCAACAAGUUGUAGCAAUGUUGUUAUUUUAUGAAGUUGCUACAAGGUUGUCACUUGUUAACAAGUUGUUGAAUUGCAGGAGGAUAACAAGUUGUAACAAGUCUGUUGGGUCAACCUUGUAGCAAGUUGUCAACAAGCAGUGCGAACACCUGAUAACAAGUUGUUGAAGCAGCAUUGCUACAAGUCUGCUGCAGGUUUGUUACAAGUCUGCAAACAAGUUGUUAGAAAUCUGUUCACAAGUUGUCGACAAGUUGUGUUCGCACUGCUUGUUCCCAGUUGUUGUAACAAGUUUGGAACAAGCUGUUGACAACUUGUAACAAGUUUGAUGUCAUUAUCAGACUUGUUACAAGGUUGUUUUAACAAGUCUGUUACAGUCAUGAUAUAACAAGAAUGUUACAAGGUUGAUGACACAAGGUUGUAACAAUAUUGUUAUAUCAUGACUGUAUCGGACUUGUUGGAACAACCUUGCAACACGUCUGAUAAUAUCAACAAGGUUGUUACAAGUUGUUAACAGUUUGUUCCAAACUUAUUGACAACUUGGGACAAGCAGUGCGAACACAACUUGUUGGCAGACUUGCUACAAGAUGUGAGACUUUUGCGUGUGAACACGUAAAAAGCUCACAGUUUGUCAGCAAGAUGUGUUCGCACUGCUUGUUCCCAGUUGUUGACAAGUCUGGAACAAGUUGUUAUCAUCGUGUAACAAGGUUGAUGAGGGCAACAGACUCGUAACAAGUUGUUCCAACAGCUCUGAUAUCGUCUGCACGUAACAAGUUGUUAACAAGUUGAUGACAACAAGCUCGUAACAACUUGUUACGAACAGCUUGUCUUGCUGGAACAACUUGUAGCAAGUCUAUUAGUAUUACACAAACUUGCCAACAAUCCCAAAAGCUUGUCAACAAGUUGCUACAAUGUUGUUAUUUGUUAACAAGUUGUUGGAUUGCAGGACGAUAACAAGUUGUUAGAACAACUUGUAACAAGUCUGUUGGAUCAACAACCUUGUAGCAAGUUGUCAACAAGCUGGGAACAAGCAAUCCUGUUGACAAGUUGUUGAAGCAGCAUUGGUACAAGUCUGCUGCAGGUUUGUUACAACUUGUGCAGGUUUAUUACAAGUCUGCAAACAAGUUGUUACAAAUCUGUUCACAAGUUGUCAACAAGUUUGGAACAAGCUGUUAACAACUUGUAACAACCUUGUUGAUAUUAUCAGACUUAUUGCAAGGUUGUUCCAACAAGUCCGAUACAGUGAUGAUAUAACAAUAUUGUUACAACCUUGUGUCGUCAACCUUGUAACAUUCUUGUUAUAUCACGAUGUAUCAGACUUGUUAGAACAACCUUGUGGCAAGUCUGAUAAUGCCAUCAAGCUUGUUACAAGUUGUUAACAGCUUGUUCCAAACUUGUUACAACAACUGGGAACAAGCAGUGCGAACACAACUUGUUGAUAGCUUGUGAACGGAUUUCUAACAACUUGUUUGCAGACCUGUAACAACUUGUGCGUUUUUACGUGUGUAACUGUCGGUUGAACACCCGUAGUGAAAUCUAUCCAAGACUUAUUCGUCAUUUCUUUAGGUUACCAUAGUAACAGACCAGACGGGUAAAAGAACGAAGGGGCUGCCCACAAUGGACGAACAAACUCAAAGAAAUUUACUGAUGUCAAAAUCACCUGGAAAUCCUUUCUUAACGUGACGAAUUAGCACAGAAAACUGCCUUCACGUCGGCUGUUGGGGCAACAGAUAGUGACGAACUUCGAAUCUGUUGACGCCUGCGGAAUGGAUGGAAACAAAUUAAACUACAUCUUUCUCAGUUCUAGUAAAUUCCCACCAAAUCAAAUUACCAAUAGAUACAAUGAAAAUAAAUAAGAUUGAUUUCUCACUCUUGACCAUUAGGGAUGUGCUUUGCUACCAAAUUCACGGGUAACUUGACUUGUUGCCAAUGGUUUUAGCAAUCGAAAGUAAUUGUUUUGAUGAAAGGAAUGAUUUUCGACAAUUUUCAGAAAGUUUGGAGUAGGUUGAGGCAUUUUUUGAAAUUUUUAAAAAAAUUGCUGUGCCCCCCCCCCCCCUUUUUUUUUACCCUAGGGGUUGCCUGUAUAGCCCUGUAUAGUAUCUAAAUUAUAUGUAUGAGUGAAUCAGGUGGUAAUGGAGUAUAAACACGCAAAAUAAUUUGUAAAUUGAUAGAUCUAUUUUUUAUGUUAAUCUGAAACUGUUACGAUAUCUUAAAAUAAACUUGAAGUUAAUAAACUGAAUGACAC